AUGAACUACCUCCAGGCCCCGUAUCAGUACUCAGUGCCAAUGGACCAGCCUAUGGGCUAUGGCAUGCCUAUCUCACAUCAUCCUUAUGACCAGCCAAUGGACCAAUGCUAUGUUCCUUACCAUCAGAAUGAUAUCCAUGGCUUCUACACCACCGGUGCCAUUGAGGAGUACGAGGAGUAUGUCGAGAAUCUGUCACGGCCACGUUUGACCAAGGAACAGGUUGAGAUUCUGGAAUCACAAUUCCAGGCUCAUCCAAAGCCCAAUAGCAAUACAAAACGCCAGUUGGCUUUACAGACGAGCUUAACCCUUCCCAGAGUUGCGAACUGGUUCCAGAACCGAAGAGCAAAGGCCAAGCAGCAGAAACGACAGGAGGAAUUUGAGAAAAUGCAAGCCAAAGAGAAGGCCAUGGCGGCCGAGGGAAGUGAGAAUCAACAGCAACAAUCAGAAAGCUCUGACGAGCAACAAAAAUCAGAGCAGGAUCAAAAGAACUCGAUCCUCACAAACACUCGUGGUGCUACUUCAAGCCAAGGAGAGCACGGGCUACAGACACCUGCAGAGGAGAAACCAGAGCCCAGGUUUGAUGCUGCUGGACAUCAGUCCAAAGUUCAAGCUGAAGUCCCUAACCCAGAGCCCAUUAAAUUGAUUCCUAGCCCGCCAAUGAAGGAAGACCAGGAGAUGUCAGGUAAUGUCGUUGAUAUGCACAAUACAGCUCAACCACCCUUUUCACAGCCUGGAGUCGACAGCCAUUUCCAACAAUGGGGCCCUACGCCCGUCCCCCAGAUCGAAGUCAGAGUUGGUUCUGCCGACGCACAUCCGGUUGCAACCUCAGCUCCCAUUAUGGAACUCGACUCUAAUGGCUACUGGUCCCCUGAUUCUAGCGGCAUCGUUAACCAGCCAUUCACUGACCUUCUCUGUAACGGCAGCUCACCGGAGGAGCUCCCUUGCCAAGUUCAGCCAGAUACAACACCUUUCUCCCAGUCGUUUAUGCAAUCGGAUAUGCCUCUAUAUUCUUCACAAAACCUCGUCAACCAGCGGCAUGUUUCCCUUCCGAUGGAGCAAGGCGAUAUAUCCCCUCGCAGCGGCCCUAACUCCGACUCUGAGUUGACCCAUUCCGAAGGACGCCAAUUGCCUCGCCUUCACAUUUCAACAUCUGACAACGCAAUUGGCCUUGCAGCGCGGAGAAAGCGCCCACGACCAGCCGCCAUUGGAACAUCAGGUCUGAGUCGUGCUCUGGGCGGACCUCCGUCCAUGUCACCGACGCGACGAGUUUCGAGCGCCGCCUGGGGCGGUGUGCGAAAGUCGUCGCAGCUUGCUGAGCUCAGCCCUAGAUACGCUAGUGUGAGGAAGCUCUCGGGCUCCCCCAGAUCACCUUUCCCAUAUUCACUAGAAGGAAGGCAACAUGCCUUAUCCAACACAGACUUGGCAGUGCCUUCGUCAACUACUUCUUCUAUACCCCCAGCCACUCCCUUGACACCAGAUGAGAUGCAAUAUCUCCUCCCUCCCACACCAAUUGACAACCAAUACUGUCUCUCCCCCCAGGAAGAGAUGGGAUAUGCUCAUUCCUUUCCAACCUCCCAGUCAAUGAACUUUGAUGAGAAUCAGGAGUCAAAAAGGCAGCCACCACCAUUUGUAAUGGUUGGAAUGCCCCAUGCUCAGUCAUAUCAGUCUUUCACCGAACCAAUGUCCGCUCCUCCUAACUUCACCACAUUCAACGAGCUUAUUCCAGACUGCGGGCAACAGCAGCAGCAACAGCAGGCACUCACCUCCUCCGAGGCUGAUCCAUCCCUGAAUGUUAUCCAUAUGCCUCGACCAACACACAUCUCUCCCGUUGCAUAUGAUGACCAAAUGCAGGGCGAGCAGCAAGUAGAAGACUCCGCAGCCACUGAGGACUGGCAAGGCCAGGGUCAGCAAUCCACACAAUCGACUAGCCCAAACUCGCCCAUCUCAGAGUCGGGCCAGGGUUACAACUCUACUGGUAAAGGAGCCAGCACGGAGUUCUACAUCCAGGAGUUCCCCCAACAAGAUGAAGCAUUGAAGAUGGCUGCACAGCAACUCCCCCCACAACGAGCCCGGACAUACACCUUUACCAACCAGACCCCGAAUGACUUCUACCGCACAGCCAUUUUCCCACCCAUAUAA